AUGGCCGUUACGAACGAAUUGGCACCUCUCGAUCCUACCUAUGUAUCCGAAUUGUUAUCUCGACACCCGUUCGUGAAGAUACCCGGCGUAAUAAAUGUCAGGGAUUUGGGCUUGUAUCCCUCAGUGACACUUCCAACCCACAUCACAAAACCAGGCUUUGUCUUUCGCUCAGCCGAGCUCUCUGGUAUCACAGAAGAAGGCAAAGAACAGAUCAAGAAAUUGGGUAUAACAAAAGUAUACGACUUGCGAUCCGAUACCGAGAUGGCAAAAUAUAACACGCCGUUGCCGGAGAUAGAGGGUGUCGAAGUGAUUAGAACCCCGGUGUUCAAGCUGGAAGACUACAGCCCUGAGGUGAUGGCCAAGCGCUAUCAACUGUACGCUAGAGGAGAUAUAGAAGCAUUUAUGGAGCUUUAUUCCCAAAUACUGGAUAAUGGUGGUCCUGCGUUUGGUGUAAUCCUUCGUCAUGUUCGAGACAGGCCAAACGAAGGAAUGAUAUUCAAUUGUACUGCUGGGAAAGACAGAACUGGUGUCGUCGCGGCUAUACUCUUAAAGCUUGCGGGGGUUGACAAUGAUAGUAUAGCCGAUGACUACGCCUUAUCUCGUGUCGGGCGGGAACCUGCUCGUGCGAUGAUACUCCAACGCCUUUCCAAGGAGCCGUUGUUUGCUUCCAAUAACCAGGCCGCAUCAAACAUGCUGACUUGUCGCCGGGAGACGAUGCUUGCAUUUCUAGCUCAUCUUGAGAACACAUACAAUGGCGUAGAAGAAUACGUGAAAACGUAUCUAGGCCUUACCGAUGAAGACAUCGUUAUAAUACGCAACAAUCUUCUGACACCUAAUUCAUCCCGUAUGUAGAGGACAUCAAUAGAC